AUGGAACGCAUGGAAUGCCUAAAGAGGCGUCGCCAAGGUCUGAGAAGUGCGGUAACUCGAACCGUAAGAGAAGCUACAGAGAAGCUUGGCGACGUAAACCUUGCAGAAGAAGACAUCGAAGUACGUGUUGCUAGGAUAAAGAAACAGACAGAGAACUUAGAGAAAGUGGACGCUGAGCUGGAGCCUUUGUGGUCAGAGGGAGACGUCGACGCGGAGCAGCAAGAGGGCUUCAAGUAUAUCGACGGGGCAACUGCAUUGCUCGCACGGCUACAGUUCAGGCUCGAGCGAAAUUCUACGGCCAUAAGUCGGACGUCAGAACGUCAGUCAGGGUCGAGACAGUCGGAGAACGCUGGAAGGAUGAACCAGCACGGGAAGCUGCCGAAGCUGGAUCUCGUCAAAUUUAACGGUCAAAGGAGGGACUGGUUCGCGUUCUGGGAGCAGUUUCGCCAAAUGGUCCACGACAAUCAAAGGCUAUCCACGUGCGACAAGUUCCACUAUUUAAGAGCAGCGCUUACAGGGGAGGCGGCAUCAGCUAUCGCGGGGUUGCCGCCGACGGAGAGAUGUUACGACGAUGCUCUGGAGAUCCUCAAACGACGUUUUGGGAACGAGACGCUUCAGAUUGAAGACCACAUGAGCAGACUUACUAACCUGCAACUGGUGAGAGCACAGCACGAUGUGAGAGGAUUGAGAAAGCUAUACGACGGAGUCGUGUCACAUGUGAGAGCAUUGAAGGCACUGGGUGUACCCGAAGAGUCGUUCGCAUCCAUGCUGUAUUCAAUUAUGCUUCGACUAGUACCUCAAGAGUUGGUGGUCGACUUCAACAAAGGGGCAUUGCAGGCAGAAGCUGGAACAACGAGCCAGAGCAGGAGCGGCCAAGAAGCCGGCGACGACAACACCUCAGCGCGUGCAAGCAGCCAGCAUGUUGUCAAACUGAAUAACUUUUUGGUCUUCCUCAGCGUUGAAGUAGAGAGUCGCGAAAGCUCGAUCUUUACGCGUGAGGGAGACAGGGAAGAGCCGGCGGGAUCACACAAAGACAGAGAAGUUAAGACACACGCGAAGAGAGCCAAGAGGCCGUCAUCGACGUCAACGUUGCUUCACACAGCAGAGGAAUACUCGGAAUGUUUUUUCUGCAAAGCAAAGGAUCACAAGACGGCUGAGUGCCAAGCGACGGUUUCAGUAGAAGGAAAGCUAGGCAAGCUCAAAGAAGGAGGGCGAUGCUUCAGGUGCACCUUGUCCAACCACGUAUCCAGGAGGUGUUGGCGUAAAGUAGAGUGCAGUAAGUGUCAAGGAAGACAUGGUGCUUCUGUGUGUAGUCCCAGGGGAGACAGCUCGCUCAGCACAGACAAGUCGACGGCGAAAUCGUCGCAGUUCAGUUUAGAGCUGACUCGACGCACCAAAGGCCCAGAGACUAUGCUACAGACAGUAGUCGCUUGGUGUAAAGGUCCGGGGGGAGUGAGCAAAGGCAAGAUAAUGUUCGACACGGGCAGUCAAAGGACAUUUGUUACUCAACGAACCGCCCAAAAUUUGAAGUGUGAGACAGUCGGCCAAGAACGACUGAAAGUAGGAGUCUUUGGGGGACGACAAGAAGAAAGAACGUUUCGGAGAGUAUCCAUAAGGCUUCUCAGUCUACAGGGUGGCAAUGAGUACGACAUGGAAGCGCUAGUCACCGACGUCAUCAGUGGCCAAAACACACCUACGCCAUGCUCCUUCAUAAUCGACAAAAUGAGAGCGAAGAACCUUCCAGUCCAGCAGCUGGUGUGUCCAGAAAAUGAAGAGGAAAUACAGGUUCUCAUAGGCACCGAUCAGUACGGGGAUCUAGUGACCGGAAGGAUUGAUUGCAAUCAAACGUUGCUGCUCCGACUGUCCAUAGACGAAGACGAAGGGAAUUCGACGCUAGAAAAGUUUUGGCAGCUCGAAUCCAUUGGCGUGGUUCCAGACACGGAUGACGAACAAGAGAAUCCGGUACUACGUCGGUUCUUCCAAAGUGUGACACAAAAUGGAGGGCGCUAUGAAGUUGCGCUCCCGUACAAGUCGACGCUGAAUUUGGGAAACAACAAAGGAGUGGCACUGAAGAGGCUCACACAGUUAACUAGGAGAUUGGCUCGCAACGAAGAGUUGCUGAAGAGGUAUGACGAAGCGAUCCGGAUGUACAGUGAUAACAGCAUGGCAGAAAGAGUGGUUGACGAAGUUGACGAAGGACAAAGCGUCGUGUACUAUAUGCCACAUCAAGCCAUUUUGAGAGAAUCUAGUAGUACGACUAAGACUAGAGUGGUGUUCGAUUGCUCAUCCAGUUGCGGCUCAACAAAAUCGCUUAACCAGUGCCUAGAAGCUGGACCGAAUUUAAAUCCGGACAUCGUGGGAUUACUGCUGAAUUUCUGGGUCCAUAAGAUCGCCUUGGUGGCCGAUGUAGAAAAAGCCUUUUUGCAAAUAACCGUGAGGGAAGAGGACAGAAACGCCUUACGGUAUCUGUGGUAUGAGACAAAACCAGAAGCGGGAAUGCCACUACCACCGGUAGAAAGCUGGAGGAUGACGAGGGUUCCCUUCGGCACGACGGCAAGCCCGUUUUUACUCGCGGCUACUUUGCGCAGCCACUUCAAGAUGAUGGAAGAGGAAUAUCCAGAAACAGCACGACUCCUUAGUAGCCACAUGUACGUGGAUGAUCUUAUAACCGGAGCAAAUGACGUACAGGAAGCACAGAAGAUCGCAAAAGAAGCGACGGCGAUCUUGGAACAAGCGAAAAUGAGGCUGCAUAAGUGGGCAACAAAUCAUAGCGACGUGCGCGAGUCCCUUCAGGCAGAGUCGGGUGAACGAGCAUUGGGUGAUCCCAAGGAUAUGCAGAAAGUUCUAGGAAUAUCGUGGUUGCCGGACACGGACGUUUUAACAUUUGGCAUGAGCGACUUGUGGAGUCUACACCAUGAAGGUGGCGACACGAAACGACGUGUCUUGCAGAUCAUAGCCCGCCUAUAUGAUCCACUGGGAAUGUUGGCGCCGUUUACGAUCCAUGGUAGAAUCCUUUUCCAACUGUUGUGGAAGCGCAAGAUUGGAUGGGAAGACAUUUUACCUACAGACCUUCAAACAACGUGGAUCCGGUGGGGCUCCGAACUACAGGAUCUACCAGACAUAAGAGUACCGAGGUACUAUGGCCGAGACAAGGAUAAAGACGUGGUACAUACAGAGAUACAUAUGUUUUGUGAUGCGAGUCCUACAGCGUACGGUGCGGUAGCGUACACAGUUAUGGAAGACUCUUGUGGAACAAGAACCGCAGCGAUGCUGAUGGCAAAGUCAAGGCUCGCCCCAAUAAAAGAGCUGACAAUACCUCGACUGGAGUUGAUGGCAUGUCUAGUGGGAGCAAGGCUUGUCUCCUACAUCACUGAAAAGAUCAAAAUCAGUCCAGUUCGACUUCACUUUUGGACAGAUUCCAGAAUAGCGCUUUGCUGGAUACGUGGGGAUCCCCAGCGCUGGAAGCAGUUCGUGCAAAACCGGGUACAAGAAAUUCAGAGGCUUACUCAAAUAGAUGGAUGGAAGUAUUGCAAGGGCAAAGAAAACCCAGCAGAUCUACUGACCAGAGGAAUGCAAGCAAAGAAGAUGACUGAAAGCGAGCUGUGGUGGUCAGGACCAAGCUGGAUGACUCGAAGCGACAGCGAAUGGCCUGUGUGGAACAUGGACGAUGACCUUGAGAGAAACGAAUUGGAGGAGAAGAAAACAAAAGUUCUGCAAAUGCUGACUACAGAGACGGAAGAUGUCAUAGAGAUGGAAAGGUACAGCUCUGUGAGAAGGUUACAUCGGGUUGUGGCCUGGAUUUUGCGAUUCAGAGGGAACGCUACAAAGAAAAGUUACACUACCGGACCCCUGACAGCGCAGGAGUUGCAACGUGCCGAAGAGUGUUGUAUCAAAUCUGAUCUGUGCAAGGGAAAGCCUUUCCAGAAGAAAUAG